AUGGCGGAGACGCCGACGACGGCGUCGGAGAUCAACACCGAGAUCAGCACUGCGCCGUUACUCACUCAGCAGAGCACACACGAGUCACUGUUUGGAGGAGCUAGAACCUUAACGACACUCUCCAUUUUCUUCGGUCUUUUGUCUGGGCCUCGUGGAGACUCGUUGAAAGUGCGCGAGAGUGCAGCGCAGCAGUUGGAGAACUGGCGAGAUGAUUGGGGCUACUCGUUGCCGGUUGUUGCUAUAGACACGACGUGGAAUCUUGCCGUCGUGGUGGUUUCGAUAGCUAUGCUGUUUUGGACUGCGCGGGAACAGCCGAAUAUGCCGGUUAGGGCUUGGAUCUGCGUUUACGCGCUGCAAUGUGUGAUGCAUGUAGUCCUGGUGUUGCUGGACUAUAGAAGGAGGAAUCGGAGGGCAGCGACGGCUAGCAGUGAUCCGAGCGAUAGAGAUCGAAUCAGCUUUAGGAAUUCCAGCGGUUCUGAUGUAACGAGUGCUGAGAAAAUAUGGGAAACUUUUAAUAAGAUUUUCCAAUAUCUGUGGUGGCUGGUUGCCUUCUGUUGGCUGAUCCCCAAUUUUGAAAUGCAUAGUGCUCCACAUCUGUUCUGGUUGACUCUGACAUUCAUGGUUAUUGACGUGUUCUUGGCUGCCAUUGGUUUUCUUCUUAAGGGAGUGAUAACAGGGCUUGCUGUUUCUUUUUGCUUACCUUGCGUCUUGUCCUUUCUUGAUUUCAUGGGUUGCCAGGGAGGUGCAUCAGAAGCAGAGAUCAGUGUCCUUCCUAAAUACAGAUUUGUAGUGCACGCUGAUGAUGGGGGUAGAAUGGUCCCUUUUGAAACAAAUGAUCCGGAUUUUUCUCGUGUACAUGUUCUUCCACUCGAGGAAGAGGAUUGCUGUAUAUGUCUGUAUCCAUAUGAAGAUGGAACAAAGCUUCAUUUGCUUCCAUGCAACCAUCACUUUCAUGUGAAAUGCAUCCUCAAAUGGCUCAAGAUUACUACCACGUGUCCACUCUGCAGUCACACCAUCUGCCAACGUCUGACUAGAAAAAUUACACUCAUACCCUCUAUUUGCUUUCUUCCCAACCUAAAAGAGAUACCAACAAGGAAAAUUGGCCGCCAACAUCGACAGCUCUCCAUCGCAUCUCCAUCGCCGACGUCCCUUCCUCAGUCCGACUAUCGACCACCAUCCCUCCGUUCGAGCUCCAGCGAGCAAGCAUCGAUUUCUGCACCAAUAGUUCCGAUUCUGAUAAGAUCGUCACAGUUGUCGGAUAUCCGACGACCAUUCUCCUUCUCCGCCACCACUAAUGAACCUUCGUUGCUUCUCCUUAUUCUCUGAUGUUGGAGACGAAGAAGGCGGUGGAAGGGUUCGGGUUUUUCUUCCCCUUUACUGCCCUGGUUCACCCCACCUCUCCAUAUUCUCUAAUGUCGGAGGCGAAGAUCGGAGAUAUAUGUUCUUUAAUAUUUACUCCCCUGUUCAUCACACAUACGAUCAGAUUCUAAGGGGAGGGGACUGAUCAUGGAUUGAAGGAUUUCUUGGAACUACCAGCUACAAACGCACAUAAGGGUGUAAUCCCCUGUUCGCUAAACACAUAUACAUACACGGAGACAUGUGAGAAUAAAAGGAAGGGUUCUUGAUUUCCUGCACAGAAAAAGGGACUUGCUUCUUCAGUUCUUUCUGUAUCGGUUCUUUGUGGGUGUUGGAAGAAUACACCGAACAAACUAUUGAUCGAUUUAGAUCGGAAGGAGGAGGUCACAGCUAGACUUACGAAGACAUAGAAAAAUACUCUGGGAAGCAUUAAUUAAAUCAUAUGGAUUGAUACAUACUUGUUCAAAGUUGUCUUCAAAUUUUGGGGUUUGUUAAAAUUUUUUGGUUUGUUAAUGUGUUUAUCCAGAUUUAGGCUACGUGGUAUCACGAGUGGGUUAUAUGCGAAAAGAAAGCCACGUAGACUUUUUACUAUUUCACAACCAACCCACCAGAUUGUGGAAAUGAUGUUCACCGGUGGGUUGGUGGUGAUGAGGCAAAAGGAAGAGAGAGAUAAAGAGGGACGAUGAUGCUACCAAUAUUCUAUUGGCUGUCUUCUUCCGUAUUCACAAAGACGUCACACCCAAACCACCAGGGCUGGGGCGGUGUUCAUGCGUCCUUGGCCCCUCCACCUUAGCUUUUCACGUGUGAAGAGGUAUCCACUCCGGAUAGCCUUAUAUGGAUUUGUUCAAAACAAUGGUGUAAUUGCCUUAUAUGGAUUUGUUCAAAACAAUGGUGUAAUUGGUAGCGGAGAAAGAGAAAGGUGGGCCUGCUUUAUUUAUAAUUACAUUAAUAUUAAAAUAAAGGGUAAAUUACAUGGAUGGCCAUGUGUACUGUGAUAUGCGAUUGAAAAUGCCCCACUGUUUUUUUUUAACCCUGCGUUGAUUUCCCAGCUCAAGAGUCAAGAGUCCCAAAGUGGGCUUCAUACUUGUUAAAAUGGACUGUUGAAUUCUCUUCGUGGGCUGCUAGAAAAUAUGGAAGUUGGGCUGUUAUAUGGGCUGCCAUGGCAGCUUUCUGCACUUCUGUUCAAGAGCCAAAAAAACAUAUCAAAACUUGUCCGAAUUUAUUUAUUUUCUGUAAGAUUGAAGAUCAACUAUUUGGGAAGACGUCCAUAAAAUUUCAGUUAAAUUGGACAACGUUUGCCCCUCCGUCUGAUCUUUUGAAAUAAGUCGUGC